AAUUCGUAAACCAGAGAUGAGUGACCACACGGCUUACCGGACUGCAACAUUAAUCAGUCAAUACAAAACUGCAACCUGGUAUCGCGUGAACUUGAUGGGCCCCAACCACGGGGCUGAUGCUUCGGCCAAAAAGAAAUUCACCUUUUUCCACUUAAUUCAACCAGCAGUGGAUGUCUGCUGUACCUACCGCCUUGAUAAGUUACCCAAGAAGCCUGGCGUCCAACUGAGUCACGACUUGUAGGACAACCUGUUCAUCCUGCCAGAACCACGCCAAGUUUUAUCCCGCCGGAUAUGACCCCGCACAGCCAUGGCUGAUUUCUUACACAACAAGAAGACCUCGGCCGAGUCACAGCCACAAUACUCACCUGGGGAUGUGAACGGUGACUUUCAUCAUCCCAGAGCUGACGGAUCUGAAUCAUCGUCUUGCUGCUGGUCCGCCGCCCCCAAUCGCAAGCGACGUCGACAAUACUUCACAUACGUCGUGCUCGCCAUCGCAGCCACUUUCAUAAUACCCGUCCUUCUCGCCCUCGGUAUCAGUGUCGGGGUGAUCGUCAUCUGGCCGAUCUUGCAAACGAUGGCAGCCUCCCUCCCAAACCAGACUGCAGCCGUUGCCGCACCAGCGCUCCUGCAGACUGCCCCGGGAGCGUUCAAAGCUGGGUCGGAAUUCCGUUGUGGCAAUUCCUCGGCAGAGGCACGCAGCAUGAACUGUGUCUUCGAUCUGAUGUCGGCGGCGUGGCUACCUCGGGACUGCUUCGACCAGGAGCUCAACGCCGAGUUCAUGGAACUUGACCCGUGGGAAUUCUACACAAGCGACGCACCGGUCUACGACCUCAGAGACGUCCCGGACAGCCAAAAGACGCUGCUGGCAGGCCCGGAAGCCAUCGGAGACUCGCCCGGAUCGCUCUGGACUUCACGACGGUUCCAUAUCACGCACUGCAUAUAUUCCUGGAAGCAGAUGCACCGGUCGAUCGAAAGGGGCUGGAAGAUGGAGGGGACGUUGGCGACGUACCAUCACACGGAGCACUGCUCAACUGCGCUGGCAAACACCAGUGUCCCGUUAGAUGCGAUUGUAACUAGAGUAGAGAUCUCGUUCCCAGCUUGUUAA